AUGCAGUGCCUAAGUUGCCCGACUACUUUCAAUAUUCCUUCCUAUCCGAAUUCUAGGAGGCCGGCCAAUAUUCCCCUCCACACCUUAUCCUCUUCGUCCUCACGAACACGAGACGCCGACUCGGCCUAUCUCCUCGACGACCAAGACAAGCUCAGCGAACGGUCCUCGUUCGACACCCCAUCCACCGACUCCGACCUCUCCGUCUGGAGUGAUACAGGCGACCUCGUCGACCAACUAGCCGACCGAGAGGAUCCUCUUCGAAUUCGCCUACGAGAGUCACUCGACGGAGCUGCUCAUCCUCCCAAGCAUCGCCGCCAGCAGAAACGAGCUCGUUUCCAGUCGCAGGACGAUAUCAGGGAAAAGCCAGGUGGUAUCCGUAAGGAGGAUAUCGAGAUACCCGACCCUGGGCCACGUUCCAUUUCGAAAGCAGAGAGGAUACUUGCAACCAUCAUGGCACCCGGAGAUGGACCGUCCCGUAUCCACGGGCUGCACGGGAAGAAGCUGCUCUAUUUCACAAGUGUUUUUGUCUCAUUAGGUGUAUUUCUAUUUGGAUAUGAUCAAGGUGUAAUGUCUGGUAUUAUCACUGGAAACCAUUUUAAAAACUAUUUCAACCAGCCCACAAGCGCCGAAUUGGGUACCAUGGUGGCCAUAUUAGAAGUCGGCGCCUUUAUAUCUUCUUUGCUGGUGGGUAAGAUUGGUGACAUCCUCGGCCGACGUAGAACGAUUUUGUACGGAUCCCUUGUCUUCAUCGUCGGCGGAGCUUUGCAAACCUUCGCAAAUGGCAUGCCAAUGAUGCUUCUUGGAAGAAUCAUUGCUGGUUUUGGAGUUGGUACCCUCUCCACCAUCGUCCCGGUAUACCAGUCCGAGAUCUCGCCUCCUCACAAUCGUGGAAAACUUGCUUGUAUCGAAUUUACCGGCAAUAUUACCGGUUACGCCGCGAGUGUCUGGGUGGACUACUUCUGCAGCUUCAUUCAAAAUAAUUGGUCGUGGAGAAUACCCCUCUUGAUGCAAUGCGUCAUGGGCGCACUUCUUGCGGCUGGUAGCUUGCUCAUUUGCGAGUCCCCAAGGUGGCUCUUGGACAAUGAUCACGACGAGGAAGGCAUCGUGGUUAUUGCUAACCUCUACGGAAAGGGCGAUAUCCACAAUCCCAAGGCUCGAGACGAAUAUCGCGAAAUCAAGAUGAACGUGUUGCUUGGCCGACAGGAGGGUGAACGCUCGUAUUCUGACAUGUUUAAGCGUUACUCCAAGCGCGUCUUCAUCGCCAUGUCUGCUCAGGCGCUCGCCCAAUUGAACGGUAUCAAUGUUAUUUCCUACUAUGCACCUUUGGUCUUCGAGGAGGCCGGCUGGUACGGACGACAAGCUAUUUUGAUGACCGGUAUCAACGCCAUUACCUAUCUGCUCUCUACGAUUCCACCCUGGUAUGUUGUCGAUACCUUAGGACGCCGAGUGAUCCUGCUAUCUGGAGCCGUGGCUAUGACGUUGUCGCUCUCUGCUAUCUCGUACUUCAUCUAUUUGCAGGCAAGCUGGACACCAAACUUGGUCGUUCUAUUCGUAAUGAUAUACAACGCCGCCUUCGGUGCUUCUUGGGGACCUAUUCCAUGGCUGUACCCACCCGAGAUUCUGCCCCUCAGCAUUCGCGCCAAAGGAGCAAGUUUGAGUACUGCAACGAACUGGGCAUUCAACUGGCUCGUUGGAGAGAUGACGCCCAUCCUACAAGAGCACAUUCAAUGGCGUUUGUACCUGAUUCACGCAUUCUUCUGCGCUAUUAGUUUUGUUAUUGUCUGGUUCAUCUACCCAGAGACUGCCAAUGUCCGUCUGGAGGACAUGAACUCUUUGUUCGGAGAUGCUACGUCUGUCAUGCCCACCCCACAGACUUUGGCCGAAGCAGAGUCACUAUUCAGUGGUGGCAAUCGUUCCCCCGUGCCCUCGCUCGAUAUUCGAUCUGGUCGUGCCGGACCCGAAAGUGCCAUCCCUGGCCUCGACAUUGAGCCUCCGGAUGUCGAAGCUGGCAGCUCUUUACCCAAGGCCGAGGGCGAAAGCAGCGAGGGUCUUGGUGGCUGGAUUUCGAACAUUGUGAAGAAGAACAAGGGAAAGAAGGAUGGCGACAGUUCAGGCGGCAAAUACAAGCGUGUGGGACAGGACGAUGAUGAGUGAAAAGCCAUGCAUGCGCGCAUAUACUAAUGAUUUCGCAUUUUGGCCGCGACGUGCCACGAUAUCCUUUUUCCUAGCCACAGUUUCGUCAUAUAGAAGGCUCACAUUUGUGAAUGAUUACAGGGGCGGUUUGUGCCUACAAUAUACAAAGGGCUGGCAUGCCAGGCUAGCUUCCAACUAUUAUUUUAUGCCUAUGAAGGUAUAAUCGCGAGAGAUUAAGACUGUUAUUAUAGGUAGCUACAGUAUACACUUGAAUAGCUACUUCAGAUAUGGAAGAUACAUGAAGCUAGCAGGUGGCCCGGCCUGAUGUGCUAACCCUCAGCAACUGACUGAUAGUUGCACGUGUAAGUAUGGCAGCAUCGUUAUAACUUAUGAGCAUGUCUUUAUUCAACAUUGUAACGCACAGAAGAGUAGAAGUGAAACAAAAGACAAAUCUG